CCUCCAUCCUGCCUUCCUCUCUCUCCUUCACUCAGCCUGCUUUCCUCCUCUCUGUGUCCACCUGCUUCUUCUCCACUUCAUCUCCCAGCUUCACUCCCACCAGCAGUUUCAAUGACUGGAGCCCGAGACCAAAACAGCCUCCAGACACGUUUAACUGCGUCUCCACUCUGGAUGUGAAGGUCUGAGGGACUCAGUGCUGUUGUGUCUUAUGGUUUGAGGACAUUUAUUGUAAAGUAAUGGCGAACGUAGGAGUUUGGUCCAUCCUCUUCUUCUCGGCUCUUUCUUCAAGUGCAGCCGUGCUGAAUCAACAGCGAGCUGCAGAGGAACUAAGCCCUCCGGAGGAGGACAACCAGGAGAACAUAUUAUCCCAGCUGCUGGGUGAUUAUGACAAAGUGAAAGCGCUUUCGGAAGGCGCUGACUGUGGCUGUAAAUGUGUUGUCAGAGCCGUGAGCAGGAGCGCCUGCGGCAGGACGGGGGAGCUCGGCCACUCCUACAGCGUGGAGACCCUCAGCUCGGGCCCACACUGCAAGUGCGCCUGCAUGGCGCCGCCGUCCGCACUCAAUCCCUGUGAGGGCGACUUCAGGCUGAAAAAGCUUCGGGAAGCCGGCAAGGAAAACAUCAAGCUCUCCACCAUCAUCGAGCUGCUGGAGGGGUCCUUUUACGGCAUGGACCUGCUGAAGCUACACUCGGUCACCACUAAGCUCCUGGAGCGGGUGGAGAACAUCGAGAGGAUAAUGUCUCAGAAUCACACUGAUGCAAAGGCAGAGGUAGGAAGUGUGUCACCAAAGCCAGAAACAACAGGAGGAGCACUGUCCUUCACCGCACCUCUGCCACGGCAAGAGAAGAGGAAGCGACUGAGUGAAAUGAGUGGCGAGGCUGCAGCUUAUCAGCACGCAGAGAAUAAAUAUGAGGAGAGGUUUGUUGGAAGCCUGCUGAAGGAAAGGCUGCCAGAACCAGAAGAUGCAGUUAAGGCCUUACGAGAACAAGAGCGUCAUGGGAGGGAGCAGAACCCAAAGAUGAUUGUCAGGGGGGUCACAUACUAUAAAGCUGACCCGGUAGAUGAGGCGGAAACAGAGGAGAACGUGCCGGAAGAUGAAAGUCACAGUGGUGACAGUCCUGUAGAUCUCUUUGCAGACGAGCAGCUUCUGCAGCCCAUUGCCCCUGCCUUCAGGCCUGUCAUAAGAGCAUGGUCAGUUCCAGCUAAACCCAAAACUAUGGACGAAGCAGUCACACAAAGCAAGCCAGAGUCUCAAAUGGUAGGAUCUGACUCUUUUCUGCCUGUGAAGAUUAAAACACUGGAUAAUCCAGAGCCUGAAAUGGCAAAAACCUCACAGUCUACCAUGGGGAAUUCUACUGAGCUGAGAGCCUUAAGAACCUCCACUACUACAGAAAAAUUCAAAGAUGUCAGGCCCACAGAACUGACCACACCUCAGAACCUCUCCGGAACUGAGGAAGGAAGAGAGGAGAAAUAUGUUGUCCCACAAGUUCGGAACAUCCUGGCCAAGCCAUCCACUUUGAGUCAUGUAAAGAUGGAGUCAACUUCAGUUGUUCCUGAAAUGACCACAAAUUCGGCACAGACUGCAGCCACUGUCGUCAGUCAGCGAAACCCCAAGAUAAGUGCACCCAUCUCCGGAGAGAACUUCAUCCAGGACCUCGCCAGAGAACCAGAAGUCAUACUAACAAGGACAACACGGUCACCAACCACUCAGACACAAGCUAUUACCCAGCCAGCCACGUCUCCCACCACAAUCACAGAUGCUGCCACUGGCACAACAGCUACAACCGCAAACUCUGAGACGGUCACUGCUGGCACAACAGCUACUACCUCGAAUCUUCAGACUUUAACAGCUACUGUUAUGACUACACCACGUGUAACUGGGAGUAAGCCUCGUUCCACCACAGCAGCACCCAUAGCUACUCGAAGGCCAACCACUACUUCAGCCGCACCCUUGAUGACCACUACCACAACCACUAUGACUGCUACCUCCAGCACACCUGCCAAACACAAGUACAGCAUCAGCUGGGAUGAAGAAGAGGAAGUGGAGGAAGUGACAGAAGUGGAGCCGAAGAUCGUUAAAACUGUGGUAAAAGAGAUCUUAAAGGAGAAACCUCAAAGACGGCAAGGAGAUUGCAAAGACACACUGGCCACGAUCUCAGAACCUGUCACGCACAACACAUAUGGCCGCGAUGAAGGAGCCUGGAUGAGAGAUCCGCUGGCUCGAGACGAAAAGAUCUACGUCACUAAUUAUUACUAUGGCAACCACCUGCUGGAGUUCCAGAAUAUGGAUAUCUUCAAACAAGGACGUUUCACCAACACCUAUAAGCUUCCCUACAGCUGGAUUGGCACCGGCCACGUGGUCUACAAUGGUGCCUUUUUCUACAACCGCGCCUUCUCCCGUGACAUCAUCAAGUAUGACCUGCGGAUGCGCCACGUGGCGGCCUGGACCAUGCUGCAUGACGCCGUGCUGGAGAACGACGAGGUGGCAUCCUGGCGAUGGAAGGGUCGCUCUGAAAUGGACCUUGCAGUCGACGAGAGUGGGUUGUGGGUGAUCUACCCAGCGCUGGACGACGAGGGCUUCCUGCAGGAGGUGAUCGUCCUGAGUCGCCUUAACCCGAUCGACCUGAGCACGCAGCGCGAGACCACUUGGAGGACCGGACUCCGCCGCAACCGAUACGGCAACUGCUUCAUCGACUGUGGCGUCCUGUACGCUACAGACAACUACAAUCAGCAGGAAAACAACCUGAGCUACGCCUUUGACACACACACCAACACGCAGAUGAUCCCUCGGCUGCCCUUCAACAAUAACUACACCUACAUCACUCAGAUUGACUACAACCCCAAAGAGAGGGUGCUGUAUGCCUGGGACAACGGUCACCAGGUCACAUAUAACGUCCAAUUUGCAUAUGUGGAUCCUCUUUAGACAGUCUAGAAGUGGGUCACAGAGGGUCACUGUACAGAACCGAUGUCUUUGGGGGAUCCAAGCACAUCAAGCGUAAUGUGGAUUGUAGAGCAGUCCGCUUAGCAUUUCUCAUGACAUAUUAACACUCAUAUAGCUGACUGCGCUUUACUGAUGUUUUUACCUGUUAUUGGAAAUUGUGGGUGAUGUUUUCAUGGUAUUAACACGACCUCAGUGCUCAUAAAUCGGCUCAACGUUUCUUAGGAAAUGGGAAAUUAGUUUGUUCAGUGUUAAAAGGAACAUUUAAACCAGAUGUUUUGCUGUUGUAGUUCAGAUCCGAAGGCAUCUCAGAAAGUCAAUUGUCAUGCUAUUUAAAUAUGACUAGAAAGGGAUGUUGGGAGAAUAGAAAUGAUCCAUUUUCAAAAUCCUGAGAGUUUCAACAUGGGAAGUAGGAGAACGUUCAGACUAUUCCUUUAGCGGUUCGCUAAGUGCUUUAGUCCAUAGCUGAGGUUUAUCGUGAUUCUUGGGUUUGCACUAUGAAAACAGUUCCUAACGAUUAUAACUAUACCUCCCAGGGGGGCUGGCAGAUCUUUGGCAAAAAGGAGGAGGUUUAUUCUGCGAUUCUAAGAAAGCGUUGUGUAUAUACUGUAAUAUUGCUUUAAGCUGAAAUAUGGGAUCGAUGAAUGUAAACUUGGUAGAAUUUUUUUUGUUUUAAACUAAAACAUCCCAGAAAAUGCUUUUAAAUUGAAGCUGUUAAUUAAAACCUAGAAAUACUACAAACGUAUAUUUUAGCUAUUUCUAUUCUUGUUUUCAUCCCUGCUUUGUUUCUGUAAACCUUAUGGCAGUUUCACUUUUUUACACAGUGAAAGUUUCUUUGUAAAGCACUUACAGAAAAAAGGACUGCAAUAAAAUGUUUGAAUGAUUUGUUUUUCUUUUAUGCCACAGUAAGAAGAAUAGUGCUAUAUUCUUAUUGCAUGCUAUGGGUCAGGUAAACCCUCAAAGACCCUCAAAUUAUGGUAUUGGGUAAACCCCCUCCUCCUACACCCAAGACUUACACUGAAGCCCCAACUUAAGCGUUGUGGUAAAAAAUAAAGUAUAAUUUCUGAGUGUAACCUUUAAGCGGAUCAUUCCCAAAGAGCUAUAAUCAGGACUGACCACAGAGCGUCCAUUUCAGGUUGCAAGCGCUUAGAGAAACAAUGGAAACCGCAGAGGAGAUUGUAGAGGAUCUUUCAUCUUUGCUCUGGCUGGAGAAUAAACGUACCACAAUAAGAACACAGCACUCAAACUUACUCCAGUGUUUAUUUUUGUUUUUGCAAUGCUGCACUCGUGACACUGACAGCUGAUAGAGAUUUUGCAAGUGAUGAAAUAUUAAUUUUAAAACAUUUUCUUUAAAAAAUUCAACAGAAAACAGGGACUGAAAAAAAGUAGCAGGGUAUUUGUUUUAUGUAAGAUGUAAUAACAGUCCUAUUAUGUAACCCUGUGUUUAAGCAAGUUUACAUGUAAAUUCACUCCCUUUACUGAUCACUUACUAAAAUCUGUGGAUCAUACGGUCAUCCAAAUAAUGUAAGAUGUGGCCUGUACCACCAGCUGGACUUCCAG